AUGGAUUUUCUCUUUGAGAACCUUCCAUCCAUCUCCCAGUCCACUCCCAAGAAAGGGCAUCAAGAUUCACAGAUGCCAGAAGACAUGGGCAUCGAUUCAUCAAGGGGGGAGUCCUCAAACAUGAGCAUGACUGAGAGUAAAGAGCAGGACAGCAGCUCAAACAUAGAUGACAUCAGUAGAAGAGCGCAGGAAAUGGUAGAGAAUAUUAACCACAGCCGCACCAGUGACCAGAAAGUGAUGGACAGCUUUGAGGAGAAUUUGCUGGACAAGGUGAGAGAGAUGUGCCAGCAGAUGAAGGGACACAUGUACACCGUCUAUGAGGAGGACAGCGAUGCGAUGCAGGUGAAGCUGCAGGAGCUUUCAGAGGUGCUGGAGAGCUGCACGAAGCUCAACCGUGAGCUGCUGGAAGCCACUCAGGCCCUGGCAUGUCUCAGAGAGGGUCUGGCUAUCACCCAGACAGAACCGUGA